UAUGUGUGCGCCGUGCAGAUCGUGCUGAGCCGCUGGGAGCGGAGGAGUGGGCUUUAAAAGAACAGGAUCCAGUGUUUUGAGAAAGGUGGAUUCUCAGAUAAUACAUUAGAAGAAGGUGGACUCUCGGAUAAUACAUUAGAAGAAGGUGGACUCUCGGAUAAUACAUUAGAAGAAGGUGGACUCUCGGAUAAUACAUUAGAAGAAGGUGGACUCUCGGAUAAUACAUUAGAAGAAGGUGGACUCUCGGAUAAUACAUUAGAAGAAGGUGGACUCUCGGAUAAUACAUUAGAAGAAGGUGGACUCUCGGAUAAUACAUUAGAAGAAGGUGGACUCUCGGAUUAUACAUUAGAAGAAGGUGGACUCUCAGAUAAUACAUUAGAAGCAGGUGGAAGUGAUUGAGAGGUUCCUAGAUCACAUCACAGAGAUGGACUACGAGCUGAACGAACAGAAUCCAUGUGACUUUGAAGACGUGGCCGUUUACUUCUCCGAGGAGGAGUGGAACAUGUUAAAAGAAGAAGAAAAGAUGCUUUACAUAGAUGUGAUGAUAGAUAAUUACCAAACCAUCUGGUCUCUCGGUGAUAUCGAUGUGAUGCCUCCAAUAAUAGCAGCACUUGAGCGAGGAGAAGAGCCAUAUAUGACGGAUCAUGGACAAAGUCCAAUGUAUUCUGGCUUAGAUGGCUCUGUGAACAGAAAUGAUCUUGAACAGCACGGAAACAGAAAUCUGCUAAUCAAGAGUGAGAAGAAAUCACAGGGAAUACAGAAUGAUUACGGCAACUCACAAGAACCAGAAACUACUUCAGAAUCCGAUGUAUCUACACCUCAGAUAACUACAGGAUCUAAACUGCUUUCAUGUUCUGAAUGUGGGAAAUGUUUUAAUACUAGAUCAAAAUUUGUUGUACACCAGAAAACUCACACAGAAGGGAAACCUUUGUCAUGCCGUGAUUGUGGGAAAUUUUUUAGCUAUUACUCACUUCUUGUUCAACACCAGAGAACUCACACAGGGGAAAAACCUUUCACAUGUUCCAAAUGUGGGAACAGUUUUAAAAGGAAAUCCAAUCUUGAUACGCAUCAGAAAACCCAUACAGGAGAGAAACCUUUCUCAUGUGACGAAUGUGGAAAUCGUUUUAACAAUAAAUCGGGGAUGUUAAGACAUCAGAGAAUUCAUACAGGAGAGAAACCAUUCUCAUGUGACGAAUGUGGAAAAUGUUUUGCCGUUAAGGCACCCCUUGUUGCACAUAAGAGAAUUCACACAGGAGAGAAACCUUUCUCAUGUUCUGAAUGUGGGAAAUGUUUCAGCCACCGCUACACUCUUGUAACACAUCAGAAAACUCACACAGCAGAGAAACCUUUCUCAUGUUCUGAAUGUGGGGAAUGUUUCAGCCACCGCUACACUCUUAUAUCACAUAGGAAAACUCACACAGCAGAGAAGCCAUUCACAUGCUCUGAAUGUGGGAAAUGUUUUAAUGGGAAGUCAAGUUUUGAUAGACAUAAGAGAACUAAUAGUAAGUGUUGUGUAUUGGUAUUAACAAUAUGAAAAUAACAGAAAGUUAAGAGGGAAUAAGAACAAUAUGUGGAUAAGCUCUAAAACUGGAAGAAAGGAUUUCACCCAAUCUUCUAAACAGUAGAAAGAAUACACCAAACAGUUAAGGUCUCCAGGAGCUUACAAAU